AUCCGGAAGAGAGAGAAAGACGAAAGCUCCUUUAUUCCAGCGACGGUUAAGGCUUAUGGAGCAGGAAACAGGUCGCGAGGGAGACGAAACCGAAACCGAAACCGAAACGGAAGCGCUGAGGCGGAAGAGCGCGGAGAGCAGAACGCGACGACGGCCGAGGAGGGGGAGGAGAGGAGGAGCAUCAAGGCGUACCUAGCGAAGCUGCAGCUGAAAUCCUCGAUCGGACGCCGCUGUUCCUGCCUCCUCCGCUGCUUCCCGAGGCGCUCCCCCGGCAGGUUCCCGCCGGCGACCGGCAUGGCCACCCUCAGGGUCCCGGCCGUCGUCCCCUCCCCGUCCGACGACUGCCAGAGGCUCCGGAAGGCCUUCGAAGGAUGGGGAACGGACGAGAAGGCGAUCAUAUGGGUAUUAGGACACAGGAAUGCAAGUCAGAGGAGGCUAAUCAGUGAGACUUAUCAGCAGCUUUAUGACCAACCCCUCGUCGACAGUCUUCAUUCUGAACUCUCUGGCGAUUUCGGAAAAGCAGUGAUCUUUUGGACAUAUGAUCCUCCAGUGAGGGAUGCCAUAUUGGCAAACGAGGCCUUGCAGACUAAAAGGAAAGGCAUAAACCACUUACUUCCGAUUGUUGAGAUCGCAUGUGCGACAUCUCCCCACCAUCUCAUUGCCGUAAGGCAGGCCUACUGUUCACUCUAUAAUUGCUCGCUCGAGGAAGACAUCUUGUCAACAAUAUCUUCACCCUUCCGAAAGACCCUUGUAGGAUUGGUGAGCCCCUAUAGAUAUGAUAAGGAAGUGGUAAAUAUGGAUGUUGCUAAUUCAGAAGCAGCACUGCUGCACGAAGCAAUUGAAAGGAAGCAAUUGGAUCAAGAUUCUGUAUUGUGGGUUCUUGGCACUAGGAACAUCUUUCAGCUCCGAGCAACUUUCCAAUGCUACGAGCAGAACUACGGGAGUCCUGUUGACGAGGAUAUCAAGAGUUGCGGGAAGGGUGAUCUGGAAUCUCUGCUAGGAGUGAUAGUACGUUGCCUAGAUUGCCCCGAGAGACACUUCGCAGAGGUGGUCAGAAAUUCCAUAAUCGGGCUCGGCACAGAUGAAGAUUCGCUCACCAGAGCCAUCAUAACCCGAGCUGAAAUUGACCUGAUGAAGGUCAGAGGGGAAUACAACAACAUGUAUAACAGCAGCCUAGAUAGUGCCCUCAUCGGCGAUACAUCGGGAGAUUACAAAGAUUUCUUGUUGACGUUGCUUGGAGCAAAAGUAUAAGUUCCAUUCUUCCCUGCUUGUGUGUCCUGGCUUAAGUGUGCUUGUUUUGAUAUUGAAAACUCGCUCAUGUAUUUACACACCUUCUGCAGAGUGCUCGAACCAAUUGUUUGUGCAUUACUCCUAAUUCGUUGUGGCA